GAUUGCAAGUAGGUGCAAACGGCAGGGCCUCGGCCCUUGGGGUGUGGGUGAGCUUCCCCUGGGGCCGGUGCUGGUGGCAGCGACCCUGUGGACAGCGCUCCCUGGCUGGCCCAGAGGUGCAUUAAACGGGCUAGUGAACUGGGGCCGACUCUGCAGUGGCCAGGAUCCAGCCACACGGGGACUCUCCUGUAGCCAGUCCCCAGCCGGCUGGGGAGGGAAUUCCCCAUGGGCUAGUGCUGCCAGCCCUGGUCUAGCCAGGGGGCCGGACUUGAGCCAGUCAGUGGGUCUCCUCUGGCGUGGUGGGGGCUGGGAGGUGGUUACACGCUCUGCAAGUUAGAUCCUCUUCAGCUCCUGGGAGCCUCUCUUCCUCCAGGUGCAAAUGCCAGGCAAGGUACUGCAGUGACUUGGUUUGGUGCAGCUGUCAAAGAUGGCCCAGGUCAGGAAGAGUCCGGAAUGGGGGUCCUUUGCCCACCCACCUCGGGGCAAGUGGAAAGGGAGCUGCUCCCUGGACGGGAGCCAGCCGCAGCUGGGAAAGGAGAAUGAGCCGUCUGCCUGGGACAGGCCAGACACACGGAGCCACAGCAAGAUCCCUGUCCUGUCCAAAAGCCGCCUGCCCCCGGACUUCCAGCAGCUGCACCAGGCCUGGGAGAGCCAGUUCCAGAAGGGGAAGGCUGCCAGUAAGAAGCCCUGUACGCAGACCUGCCCCUUUAACCUGACCUGCAAAGGGGACAAGUUCCACGUUGUGCCCUGCGCUGAUAUGGCUGCAGCCACGGAGCCGCCGGCAGGAUCCCCCAAUCCGCUGAGCAGAAGCCAGCCCAGAGGCCCACUGGAGGAGAUACAGCUGGGGGCAGCAGCGCAGAAGAACGCGCCAGGCAGCAGCGUCCCCAGUGGCAAAGAAGUGGAGUUCGUGGCUGACCCGGUGGCUUUGGCCAGCAUCCUCUCCAAUGUGGGGUUGGCAAACGGCACGCUGGGUGUGGCCAGGAAACCCAGCCUGGCCCGGCGGGUCCCUCUGAGGGGGAGCAGGGGAAACUCGGUCCACGCCAGCGGGAGCGCACGGACUGUGAGUGGCUCCCUGUAUGUGGCCUCGGGGACCCCUGCCUUGUGCCCGGAUCCAGCCCGCAUCUCCUGCUUCUCCCGGCUGGCGCCUCAAGACGCAGCUCGGCGAGCCACGCGGGAUCCUGCUCAGCACCGUGGCCUGCUCCUUAAAUCUCAGCAGAUCCAGGCCCUGUCGGAGACGCUGAGGGACCUGGGGUCCCGUGCCCAGCCCGCGGGGCACCCCGCUCUGCAGAGACUUGGCGCAGGGGCGAAGGAGGCGUGUCGGGGCCGCCCGCAUCCCAUUGCCACAGCAACGCAGCGCGAACCAGCCGGGAGCCAGGAAGCCGGCGGAACCAGGGACCAGUCCAGCAACGGCAGGCCGGGGUCCUCGAGCGAUGGCAAAGCAGCGGGGGGCAAGGCUGGCACUGGGGGGCAGAGUGCAGCCCACAGCAGCGGCUCAGCCUCGAGGAGGGAUCCCAUGGGAGCAUCACAGACAGAGGAGUUCGUGCCGGACCCGGACGCCCUGGCCAGCGUCCUCUCCAACAUGGGGCUGAGCCACGCUGCCCUGGGGCCCACGGGGAAGCUCAGCCUGGCUCGGAGGGUGCCAGUGAAGGGGCCGCGGGGCGUCCCGCCCUCCACUCAGGGGAGCACCACGGGCAGCAGGACCUCGCUGCUGAGACCCCAGGGCAACGUCCCCCCGACGGGCGACUUCGGCCGCACCUCCUGCUACUCCACACUGGGACUUACAGGUGUUGAGGCCCCAGAUGGUCUCCAAGCAGCGCAGCUGGCUGGCACGCCCAGGACCCAGGAGAUCAACCGCUAUUUGCCCUUUGGCUCUGCCCGGAGGGUGCCCGUCACGCAGCCCCAGUCCCUGCGUGGCACCUGCUUCUCCACCCGCCGCCUGGCCGUCUUCCCCCGCACGCCCCGCACCGCGGAGGCCCUGGACAAGCACCCGGCCCAGGGAGCACUGCAGCCCCCAGCCAGGUGGGCCGGUGGCCUCUCCCCGGAGCCCCGAAGCUCUGACCCCGAUGAUUCGACCCUGCCCUGGGAGAAGAUCGUGGUGCGUCUCUUUGGAGACGGGGAGAGCCAGGCAGCCGCGGAAGCGUCGGUGAGGAAAGCGCUCGCGCGGCCCGGCGAGGGGAGCAGCAAGGUGCAGCGCAUCGAGUUUCUGGCCUGGCUCCUGCGGAAGGAGGUGGAGGGGGCAGGUGGCUCCUCCAGCCUGGAAGAGCUCCAGAGCCUGCUGGCUGCCUGCGCCCCGUCACCGGGGCCCCCCCGCACGCCCCCUCCCCUGCCAGCAGCCGGUGUGGGGCCGGAGCGACUCCCCUCCCCCUCUUCGGGCCAGGGGCCUGAGCUGGGCCCUGCCAGCGGGACGACGCCCCCGGCCAGCUCUGCUGCCUUCCCUGCUGCGGGCACCACCCUGACCUUCUCCUCCCAGCGGCCCGUCUGCUCCCACCCCCUCAUCCGCUCCCUGAGGUCCCCCGCCGCCAGCGGGGGCGCUGCAGGUAGGACACGGCUCCAGUGCCCCACGGGGGAACCAGAGCCUCUUUGGCCCCCCCGGUCUGCCGGCUACGUGGCCAAUGGGGCCCUGGCUCCAAUUCAUUGCUGCAGCCCCUGUGGCUGGCUGGACGGGGGGGACAGGACAGGAAGGACUCUGGGCUCCAGGCCCCCGGGCGGCUCACGCUCACUCUCUCCUGCAGGGGCCAGGGCUGCCCCCACCACCCCCCCGUCCCGCGUGGCCCUGGUGAAGCAGCGGCUCGGGGACCUGCUCAGCGCCCCCCAGCGCUUCCAGGAGGCCUGCCUGGACGACGAGUGUGCCUUCUACACGGGCCGGCCCCCCGCCCGCCUGCCCCCCGCCCCCCGCUGCUGCACAAACCCCGUGGCCACACUGCUGCAGGCCCAGGAAACCAUGCACUUUAUCCCCAUCAUGCAGCCGGCACCUGGUGGCUCCCCGGGGGAAGCCGGGAGCUCACUACAGGCAAACCUGCCACCCCAGCCCUCGAGAUGAUGGAGGGGAACCGGUGCCCACCUGGGUCCUGCCCUGGAUCUGUGCCCCCUUGGCAGUGUCGUUGCAGCGGCUCCCCCCAGCACAGGUGGGGCCUGGCAUACCCCCCCCCGUGUCCCACCGGCCAGGCACCUCCCGUUCUUCGUUGUGGGGGGCACGGGGGGCAGGCCCCUCGUCACCCCUGCUGCAACCCAGACAGCCCCUCCCUGCACCGGCCUGUCAGGACUCCUGACCCGCAGGUUGCUUCUCUAGCCAGCCCCCCCCGACCCCUGGCUGCAGGCGCUGCCUCGAGCACCUGUGGGCGAGCGCGUCAGCCCGCCUACUCCUCGGGCCGAGCCUGUCGCGUCCCCCGCGCUCCAGAGCUGCCAGCUGCCCCCAGCCUGGAUCGCAGGCUCUGGGCCUCUCCGCUCGCCCAGGUGAUCUGCAGGCCCGUCAGCGCCCCCUGCACUCUCCAGGACUCCAUGUGCCCAGCCCCCAUCCACCCCCUCUCUAUUUAUUACCAGCCCAAAGCCCUGGGGGGCUGGGAAGCCGCAAUCUCCGUUUUGAAUGAUGAGCUGUC